AUGGAUAUUGGGGUCUGGACCAUGCGUGGCUUGAAGGAGCUCGCUCUGGAAGAGGAUGAAGUGGAGGUCAAUGCAACGGGCGAAACGCUGCAAGCUUUCGUCUGGCCCACUGUAUCGACAGACUUCUAUUUUCACAUAAGCGAGGUCAUUGCCAAUUUUAUGUUCAUUGUAAUAACCGUGCUCAUAUCGAGAAAGUGCCUGAUCCUAAGGUUGCAGCGGACCGCGGAGCAUGUCUUCUACUGCACGCUGGCGCAAAUGCUGUCUGUUGCCGAGACUUUAAUGCUGCGCAACCUGCUGCUGCACACAAUCUUUGGCAUGAUGUGCUUUGUGGUCGGCUUCUUUGGCGUUGGCCUCCAGAUCUUGCUCAAGCAUAAGCGAGCUCGUGGCACAAGGCGACACUUUCGCAGCAGCCACAGCAUAUUCGGCUUGGCUGGUUGCUUGCUGAUGUCCGUGAGUUUCUUUACGGGAAUAUGUCUGCUGUUGUAUCCGAUGCGCAAACAAGUAUGCAUCUCUGUACUAUUCGUGCAUCGGGUCUGUGGCCUAUUCUGCUUCAUCAUCCUGAUGGCCUCAUUCAUGUUCAGCUACAACACCGGUUUUAUGCACCGCAACUGGGAGCAGCGUCGCAUCUGGCUCUUCAAGUUCUGCACGAUAAUCGCAACGAUCACGGCCUCCUGCUACGAGUUCAAGUGCUUCGUGAGGGAUGCAACUACUUUGAUACCCAAGGAAGUAUUCGAGUCAAUAUCUAUAUACGUGCGGGAAGAGCAAAAAUAA